AUGGCUACCGGCCAGCCGGAGCGAGGAGCCAGCGCAAGAGCCGGCCCUCCGUCUGUCCGUGUCCUGGCCGUAUUCGACGCCAGCGAAAUGGCAACAAUGGAGCGCGUCAUGCAGAAAACGCUGAUUGCACUCAACAAGGAAAAAACGGCCUGGGCAGCCGGAUGGAAUCGCCAAAACAGCGGGAUCGGGGCCGCUGCAGAUGUCAACAUCAGCACGUCGUCGGCCAGCCGAGGCAAACGCAGGAAGUGGCUGGCCGGUGGGGGACGUCUAACAGUGGACAGUGUCACGUACUCGUCGCAGUGGUGGAUCAAUCAAACGGCAGACGAUCUCGAUCGUCUCAUCGUUUCUCAUCGGCCCGUCGCUAUCCUCGUCCUGUCAGCCGACGAUUAUUCCGUUUUCCGUGUCGCUCUCGCCGCCUCUUUGUUCCAUGUGCCCGUCAUCGGAGCGCGGGCGCAGCGCGGACUCGACGAUUCCUCCUUCCGCGGAGUUUCACCGUUUUACGUCGGUCUCAAUCCUGGUCCCCAUCAUUUGGCUUCCGCUCUUCACCACCUGCUACUGGCCAACAAUUGGCUACCCCUGACGCUGAUUGUCGACGAUUCACUGGAUGCCCAGAAGAUCCGGCAAGUCGUUCAACGACAUCCGUCCAACGUCGACAAGGUGAUGGUGGUGACGGUGAACAGGGGCUCAGCUCCACACCGGAUCCUUGCCCAGCUGAGCGGUAUCCAGCAAACGACAUCACUGGUGAUCGCCUUCUGCUGCGAGCCUCGUCUAGCGUCGCUCAUUUUUCGCGAAGCUCGACGACUCAACAUGCUCAACGGCGAUUGGGUGUGGCUAGCCUUGGAGCAGGCCGUCUCGGACUUCCAUCACCACUGGACGGAUGGCUAUUCACCGGCUGCGGCUGGACGAUUGCCAUCCGGCGGAUGGACGGCCGAUGGACAAGACGACGAAGACGACUGGCCACUUGGCUUGCUCGGCCUCGUUUCUCAGCAACCGCUACGCCUGACCAAGCACACGAUGAAAGGCUCGCUGGCCAUCAUCCAUUCGUCCAUCAGGGCCAGUCUGGCCGUCCAUCAGCUGCAAACGUGGCUGGAUUCGUGGACGAACGAGACUAGCGCCACUCAUCCCAUCCAACGACUGCAAGUGGCUAAAAAAAUGGACAGCGAGAUCCGAUGGCGAGUGAAAGAGGCGCUGGCUGGCCGACUGACUUACGACGGAGGCGGUAAAAUCGACUGUGCUCUGAGAGCCAACUUUGACGUCAUCAAUCUCGUCCCGGCCGGACCUUUCUAUCCGAAGAGCAGCGCCAGUAAUACGAAUGGCGUCGGCGCCAAAUCGACCAAGACAUCAGCAUCCUCUUCUUCUACUUCCUUGACUUUGACGAGACGGCGAAGACACUCCUCCUCAACAUCCGACAAACAUUUUGGCAACGCCACAGCACCACCGCCGUCGGAAUUGUUGGAUGAAGACGAUGAAGAUUUGCAGGAUGAAGAAUAUCCAUCGGCGGCUGAGGAAACCAACGCCGCUGGAUAUGCCGAUGAAUUGGAUGCUGACCAAGACGAUUCGGAUGGACGAAACAACGGCCAGCCUGUCGUCAUAUCAACGGGCGCUGAUGAUGCAAGUCUUUUAAACGAACCUAUCGCAGCCAAAGAUCCUCUCCGUCCGCCCAUUUGGCAAUCAGUUGGCAACGUCUCUGGCCAGGCCGUCACGUUCAAAGGAGUUCAGUGGCCUGGCGGAGGUUUGGCCGGCCCUCGUUCGCACAGCCGACGGGUGUACCGUGUGGCCACCAUUUUCUCGCCGCCUUUCGUCAUGGAGACGGAAGUGUUCAAGGAGGACGACGAAGAAGAAGAGGAGCAGCGUUGCCUGACUGGCGUGCCUUGCUUGCGGGUGACCACCGGUCAGAAAGACGAGCUGGCCCGCAUUUUUGGCGACUACGAAGGCGCCCAGCUGCACAAGGGCCGCUCCUACAAUCUGACGUGUUGCUACGGCUACUCGAUCGACUUGAUGGAGAACGUGGCCAGCGAUUUGGAUGUGAAAUUUCAAGUGUACGUCGUCGCCGACGGGCAGUGCGGCAGUGCUAAACGGCAGGCCGGCAACGACGGCAAGUGGGACGGCAUUGUAGCCGAUUUGCGUUCAGGGGCUGCCCAUUUGAGCUUCGCUCCUCUGAGCGUGACGUCCGCCAGGAGCGAAGCCAUCGAUUUCUCGAUUCCUUACUUCUAUUCGGGGCUGUCCAUCUUGCAGGCCAGCAAGAUCAACAACGAUGAUGUCCCUCUGCUGGCCUUCCUCAAACCUUUCCGUCCCGAUCUGUGGAUCGGCAUCUUCGUCAGUCUCAAUCUGACAGCGCUGGCCGUGGCCAUCUACGAGUGGCUCAGUCCGUUCGGUCUCAAUCCGUGGGGUCGACAGCGGACGAAAAACUUUAGCCUUGCCUCCGCCCUUUGGGUCAUGUGGGGCCUCCUCUUCAGCCACUUGGUGGCCUUUAAGGCACCCAAAUCGUGGCCCAACAAGUUCCUCAUCAACGUCUGGGGCGGAUUCAGCGUCAUCUUCUUGGCCAGCUACACGGCCAACAUUGCCGCUCUCUUCGCUGGCGUCUUCUCCGAAACGGCUGUCACCAAUUUUCACGAUCCUCGCUUGCUGAGCCAAAAAGUGGGUACCACGCGCAGCUCGGCUGCCCAGCAUUACGCCCAGAAAACGAAUCGUGGAUUGGCUGAGCAUUUGGAACGGUUUACCGUGCCCAACCUGGAAGAAGGCAUCGCCCGACUGAGAGACGGACGGCUGGAUCUGCUCAUCGGCGACACGCCCAUACUGGAUUAUUAUCGCGCCAAUGAUCCCGGCUGCACGUUGCGAACGGUCGACGUCAUCGAGGAGGACAAUUACGCCGUUGGCAUGACCAAAGGGCUACGAUUGCAGACGAGCAUUUCGUCUUUGAUUUCCAGCUAUUCAACAUCCGGCUACAUGGAUGAAUUGAGGAGCAAGUGGUACAGUUCACUGCCUUGCUCGCGUUCGGCUCACGACGCUUACCGACCUCAACCGCUGGGCGUGUCGGCUGUGGCGGGUGUUUUCAUCCUUUUAGGAUUCGGUAUCCUCGGUGGAUGUCUGAUUCUCGUCCUGGAGCAUCUCGUCUACAAGUUCGCCCUGCCCGUUCUACGUCGACAGCAUAAAGGCACCAUCUGGCGGUCGCCAAACAUGAUGUUUUUUAGUCAAAAACUUUAUCGAUUCAUCAACUGUGUUGAACUGCUAUCGCCUCAUCACGCAGCCAAAGAAUUGAUGCACAGUUUGCGUCAGGGUCAGAUCACGUCGCUGUUCCAGAAAAGCGUCAAAAGGAAGGAAAAUGAACAGAAACGUAGGCGUAAAAGUAAAGCCCAAUUUUUCGAAAUGAUACGCGAGGUGCGUCGCUAUCAGCAGGAAGAGAAAGAAACGGAAGUCGCCGACGAUGAAGAGGAUGAAGAAGAAUACGACCACCAUCACAGAGUGGUGGACGAAGAGACGGGCGAAGGUCUGGCCGACGAUGACGAAGAAGAGAAGAGGCCGCAAUUUGCACCUCCGCCUCCAGCUGAUUAUGGAGACGAUUGCGGAGACGAUUCGACGAGCGUCGUCGUCGUUGUUGCCGGACAAAACAAAACGCCUUCCAGCGAUGAUAUCGCCGUCUACAACACUCAGAUGCCUAUCGUAACCGAUUCGCGGUUCACCGUUGAUCCUCCAUUACCAUCCAGAUCGUCGGAUAGCGAAAGGAAAUGGAAAAUGCAAAUGGCUCAGAGGCGUCGAUCGUUUAGCGCUGACGCUCUGUGUGAACCUGCCCACAUCCAUCAACAAAGACGUCGUCAAGGUGUGAGAUUUGCCGAGAGUAGUCCGAGUAGCAGUAGCAACAACAGUAGCGAGCAGAGUCUAAGCCAAUUGGAAGAUGGCGUUGCCGGCGCUUCUGCUGGAUGGGACAAUAGCGAAGACAAUUCGUCUUUGCUCUGCUCCAUGGUGGACAAGGCGACGUUGAACAAGCUGACCAAAGAAGACUUGCUCCUCUUGUGGCAAGCUGCCGAAUCUGAUUGGUUGGCCAAAGUGCGAGCGUUACGCAAACAGAGGGACAUUCUUCAGCUGCGCUAUCAGCACGCCAAAGCCGUCAGUCAAGUAGCCAAUCCUUAUCAGGCUCCACCAACACCUCCACUCCCCACCAUGAAGUUUUAAAAGGUGGGGAAAUAUAAAGAAAUCCACUAACCAUAUGCAAACAACGAAUAACCACACAACAUUUGUAGCACCCCUUUUACUCCUUCCCGAAUUGGUUUUGUCCCUUUCAAACGGCCUGCAUUGAUGAAGCAGUUAGUUAAUACUGUAACAAAAAAAAAAAAACAAAAAAAAAAAAAAAGACAAAAAACAAAACAACAAAAAAAUUAUUACCCUUACAUAAUAACAUUAGUUCACUUUAAAUAUAGGAAUAGAGAAGAUUAAAUAACAACAAUUCUGUAGGCUAAAAUAAUUGAAAGGAAAAGAAUAUUGGUUUUCUUUUUCUUUGCCAGUUCAUCCUUCUAGUUCAUAAUUCCAGUAGCUUAAUGACACAUUAUGGCAGUUGUAUAAAAUUAAUUUUGAACGCAUGUUUAUAUCUAUUUAUUGGACGUCGAUUCAGCGGCAAAGUUUUUAUUAUUGUUGGUUAUUGUAAUCUAAUAGAAGAAACGGAACGUGUGCGUGGGUGAUUGAGUGCCUGUCUGUGUGUUACAUGCAGUUAAGAUUGUUGGACAUGGAGAGACAGUGAGUGCCUCUUGUUUCUCUAGAUAUGUUGGAACGCGCUCCUCCUUUUCCUUAUAAUGUCCCUAUAAUUUUAUUUGACGAAAAAAUCGAUAACUUGGUCUAGCUUCUCUUGCCGAGGGCACUUAAAUACAACCCUCCCCCCCCCCAAAAAAAAAAUAACAAAAAAAUUUAAAAAGGAAAAAAAAAAAAAUUAAAUUUGCAAUAUUUUGGACGAGCUUCAGACGCUCCUUUGAUCUCCAGUCUAUUUAAAGGACUUAUUUAUAAUUACGUUUAAACCUAUUAAUAAUAAUAAUGACGAUAUGCGCUGAAUAACAGACGACAAGUAAAUUCGAUCCGACGUAUUGAACUUGUACAUUUGCAAACAUUAACAGAAAAUAAGGCAAUUUGAAUAUACUAACAAUAAAAAAAAAAAAGAAAAAAAGGAAAAAGAAAGCGUUCGUGUGAAUUACUGAUCUGGGAUGAUGUCUAAUGGGGUAGUGCUCGUAUGAAAUGAAAUAGUAAUAGGAUCAAUCAGACAUCUUAUUGAGUAUUCAACACAUGCCGGGCGUAAAACCCCGGACUGGGAAUUUCUGCCAGCCGUUGCCUUGCACGCAGCUUUCGCUUGAUUUUUGCGUACUUUUUUUUGUUUUUAAAUGAGCGUACGUGAUGUAAUCAACUAUUGAAUUAGUUAAACAGAGGGGGGAAAUGAUACGAAUUCCUCUGUAUCCUUUAACGACAGUUCGCUGUGCAAAAACUACACUUUUGCUCGAGGGCUUUCGGCUGAAUGAGGUAAAUCUUCUUGUCAAUUUUGGCAAAACAAAAGCUGAAAAAUAACGAGGGGUUACAAUCUCUUCGCACUAACUGAGCUGAAAAGGCAUUGAUUUUUCCUAUUCGGUGCCAAGGAUGACUGCAUUGCCAGCGGAAUUCUAAACCGCAUCGCAAGAUGCACAUCAAUUAAGCCAAUGUUUAUGCGCAGCACAUCGCCACGCCUUUCUUACUUUGAACAUUCCGCGAUAUAUGAAACUCGAUCUAUUAUGUACAUACAAAAAGAUAGCGUAGGCGACUUUGAUGGCCAUCUAGGCGAUGCUUUCAGGUUCCUGAGUGCGAGUUCGAAAUUCUCACGAUCGAUAUUUGCGUACGUGGAACCAGCCUUGCAGCACCUACCCCGCAAUCUCAUCAGAUCUGGUGGGUAAAUAUGGCUGCACAAAAACGAAAUAAAAAUAAUACAAAAGUUUGCUAUCCCUGAGCUUUUUGAAAUUGUUUGCCUGCACAGUAGUGGCAUUCGGGACUCUUUUUCUUUUCACGCUUGACGUCUACACAAGAAUUUGUUCACGCCAAGUACCAGUCAAAGCGGGGCGUAAGGUGUAAAAGCAUCUUCGAAAAAAAAAAAAUCUUUUAUGUAUUACAAGAGUGACGUCCAGUGUUAUUACAUUUUUCUUUUUUUUCUUUUGUUUUUGCUUUCUUAGGUUUUUUUUUUAUAUAAAGUUAAUCCAAAAUGGAUGUUGACGGCUGAUUUUUCAUGAACCUCCCAAAGCCCCCUUCUGCUUACCCGUGCCGGAUUAUGGAAGGUGGCGCGUGAUAGCUGCAAGCUAAAUACAAAAUUUUUCUUUUUUUCUGUAGGCUAAACGUGAGGUUUGAGCCAAAGGCAGAAUAACGUGAAACCCAAAAACAUAAACAAAAAUCCGGUUACAAUUUUCGUUUGAAAUGAAAAUACUUGUUUUAAUCCGAAUUUCUUGUAUUCAAUUGUCACAUUGGCCGAUAGUAAAAUUUAAAGUUCCGUA